AUGACAAUGGAUUAUURUAUUGUCAUCCAAGACCAAGGUCUAUACCAAUUUUCAGAAUAUUUCAUCGUCAAAAAGUGCCUCAAAUCGAGCGCGCAAGAUUUGAUUACAGACAAACAGACAAACAGACGUGAAAGCGACCUUAUGAAAAGGGCGAUUUUCACUCAAGAAGACAAAGACAGUACCACAGAAGUAGCAUUCAAAUACGCUGUAUACAGGAUAAAUAAAGAUAAAGCGAUCUUGCCGAACACAACGCUUGUAUACGAUAUUGAAUAUGUUUCUCCACACGAUAGCUUCAAAGCUUCUAAAAAAGUUUGUCGCCUGCUGGAGAGUGGCGUGCACGCAAUAUUUGGACCYUCCGAUAGCCACUUGGCCAGUCACAUAGUGUCCAUCUGCGAGGCCGUCAGCAUGCCUUUGCUGCUGACAAUCGCCGACCACGUGACAGACUUCAACAGACGGCACUUCGUCACGGACAUGUUUCCGGCACGUGGGCAUCUCGGAAAAGCGUUCAGGGACCUUAUCAAUUUCUUGAACUGGACRAAAAUCGCGAUCGUAUACGACGACGAAGAAGGUUUACUGCUGGUACAGAAUCUAAUGAAAAUGUCGAAAACUGACUUUUACGUUCGACAAGUGGAUCAGCACACGCAUAGGCAAGUGAUGAGAGAAAUUAAAGACAAACACAUUUUCAACAUUAUCGUGGACGUCCAUCCGCGCAACAUUAACGGRUUUUUCAGAUCCAUACUUCAACUGCAGAUGAAUGAUUUCCGAUAUCAUUUUCUCUUCACUACAUUCGACCUCGAGACGUUCGAUCUGGAAGACUUUAAAUAUAACUCAGUGAACAUAACGUCGUUCAGAAUAGUGGACGACGAAAACCACCGCGUAGUCAACGUCCUGCGCGAGAUGGAAAGAUUUCAGAGGGUUGGGCAAAACAUGUUGCACAAAAGUGGAAUCAUCAGGGCCGAACCUGCUUUGAUGUACGACGCGGUAAACGUGUUCGCUAACAGCAUCGGAUCGCUGGACGGGUCGUCCAAUUCAAUGCAAUCGUCGAACGUUUCGUGCAAGACGUCGGACCGUUGGGCGAACGGAACGUUUCUGUACGAUCGACUCAACGCGGUGAGCAUCGAAGGCCUGACCGGCAAAGUUCACUUUGACGAAGGGAGGAGAUCAGAUAUCAAGCUGGACUUGCUGAAACUACAUCAGGAGAAAGUGAAAAAAGUUGGUUUUUGGACACCGUCGACCGGCAUCAACAUCACGAAACAUUCCGUAUUUUACGGACACCAGAGCUCCAACGUGACACUGAUCGUGGUCACCAGAGUCGUAAGUUUACGUCAUUAA